AGCGUGUCUCCAGAUGAAGCUUCGCGCGUGAACCGCAGCUCAUCCAUCUCUCACUGUCUCGCUCUACAGAGAGCCAUCUCCCGGUGCAAGGUUUGUGACGAUGGCCGCUCGACCCGCGCCUUCUGCGAAGCGAACUUCAGCUGCUGUGCCAGCCGAGCUGUUUACCAGACCGCCUUGCAAGAUACAUCCUUCCGCCGUGGUUUCGGAGAAAGCGCAAAUCACCGGAACGCACACCGUGGAACUGUGUGAGGACAGCGUCUUACAUCCGCACUCCAAGAUCAAGGCAGAGCGUGGCAUCGUAUACAUUGGCAAACGCACAAUCAUAUGCGGGGCUACCACGGUCGGAGUGCUAGAAGGGGAAGGCAAUGUCAUCGUUGGAGAUGAAGUAACAAUCGAGGCCGGCGCCGUGGUUGAGGCCAAGAGUGUCGGCGAUGGCACUGUGAUAGAGGCGAAGGCGAAGAUUGGUAGAGGUGCCGUGAUCGGAAAGCAUUGCAAGAUCACGCCGCUGUCUGAAAUUUCUGCGGAUGAACAGCUGCCUGACUACACUAUCGUCUAUGGAGACAAUCAGCGGCGACACGACCACACUAUGGCCGACAAUGCCGAGAUCCGCGACGCGCAGCGCAAAGGCCAAGUCCUCCAUAUCGAAACGCUGCAAAAGCUCAUUCCCAACGCGUCCCAUAAGUGGACAUGAUCGAAGGGUCAGACCGAAUUGCAGUACAUGCAGUCGUGACCGCCUAGUCAUUCGAAAAAGCCUUUUCGCCCCAUUCAAAGCCAUACCGAUGCCAGUACUCCGGAAUGCCGUCCCCUUUCACUUCUCUCGGCGUCCAUGAGAGUGUCUUGUCGUUGUGACAGAGCAGACAGUGAUCAUGUC